AUGCCAGAGCUCUUGAGUGACGGGGAGAUUCGCUUCCAGGAAGAGAAUCCGAAAAAGAAGGACACUGCGGCGUAUGCCCGGUAUGAGAAGUACAAGGCUGCGAGGACCGUUUCCGACUUUUACAAACUUGCCGAAGAAUUUGGCAGCAGAGUCGCAAGCAGGGACUUCUCAUUUGACCUCGCAAAAGGCUAUGUGAAGUACAAGAGGGCGAAGAAAGCGAAGCCCACGCAAGAUGGCAAGGACGCAACUGAGAAGCCAUCACCCGAGGAUGCUUCGUUGGCAGCCCGUGGCCCUGAAAAACCUGCAGUUUCUGGACCCCGGGAGGCGCGAGAGCUGUCUGAUUGCUCUGGUGCACCAUCCAGGGGAUCAGCUGCAAGCACCGCAAGCCCGGUGGCAGAUCAAGCGGAGCAACCUGACAACUUGGAGCCAGAUUCGAGGUCAAGCCUGGAUCCACCUUUGGCCAAGCGUGCCAAGACUGAACCUGCCCUCUCUGCAGAGAAAAAGCGCAAUGAGUGCAUGCCCAAGGAGGAUGACAGCCUCUUCUCCCUGGUCGAGCUGGGCGCCGGGAAACCGGGCAAAGAGAUGCCACCGGCUCCCGAACGGAGGCAAAGGAAGCAAGCAAAGGCUGUUGAGGCCAUAGCUCCGCCCAGAGGCCCAAAGAGGAAGAGCAGCGAAACCAAGACCAGCAGCAAUUCGCCAGAGCUGGUCAGGGAGGCGGUGCCAGACUACAUCGAGGGCCAGCCGGAUCCCGCUGUGUGCGACGAAAAGAAGAGGUCUGCUAGCUUCGUUGCUGACAAGGAGCCGAUAUCCGCCCAAAAUCGCAUGAAGUUCGUCUGGACAGUUCAGCAAGAGGUGGGCGUCUUCUCGCAUGACCCGAAGAUGGCCGGCCCAGUCGCGGCAGAGCAGCAAAGCUCGGUACGAUGUGCAGUGUGCGGCCAUCCGUGCCAGACGGUACGCCACACUCUCUUUCGUGUACGGUGCUAUGCCCGACGCACGAAAGCCGACCCACCAGAGUUCAAGCGUCCACGCAAAAUGCGUGCUGAGGAAUACUACGUUGGCGCACGCUGUAUGGAAGUCCUACUGGGUACUCCCUCCAUCCUCACAAAGAAGGUACGGCAACUUCGAGAACGACUGCAGCAAGCCCUGGAAGCGCGGGAUUUUCAGUUGGAGGCUUGGGCCUUUGUUCUACGGCGGCUGGAGGUGGAUCAGCUGCAGCCGUUUGCUCAGCUUCUCGCUGGUGAGCUAAGACGAGUGAUCCGAAGACGUGCUUCAGAUGAGCAGACUGACAGAAUCCAAGCUCGUGCGAAUCUCAAAGACCUCCAAACCUUUGAAGACCGCGAGAGACAUCGUCAGUGGCGUCUGGACCAGCUGGUGUUGAGACGCUGCAGGGCUCUGGACGAGCUGCUUCACGUAGCAUCGUCUAAGCAACGUGCAGAGCUCGUCGACAAGUCUGACGAGGAAGUUAACGUUCCGAAUGUCAUGGAUGACCUCCUGAGCAUAGCCACCAAGGGCGUGUGCACCAUGGAUUCCCUGAAGCUUCGCGGGCGUCCUGCCGGUGCGGCAGAGGAGGUCUCCAUUCUGGAGGAGAAGGCGAAGGCAGACAAUUGGGUUUACGCCAGCCAGAGCUGGCACAGGCUCAUCACCAUUUCGCCUUCAAUCCUUUGGUACGCAAAGUUCUUCUCCCCAGUUGCAAAGCGUGUGGCCAUGCAGUCGUGCAAGCUGCUUGAUCUGCCAGGUUUCGCGCGAAGCGCCUGUCGAGGCCUGUUUGCCAGUUGUCCCGGGUUUGACGUUUGGAGUUGGGUGCGCAAUGCGGCGUUGACUCUGACAGCAAGCACAGUAGCCGAAGCACACUCUUUGGAGCCAUUGGCGGCCAUCUGA